ACGACGAGGAGUAUGAUUCCUACGUGGAUUCCGAUCUCUGGGACUUGCUCUCCACGCAACUGAACCUUCUUGACGGAAAUUUUGAGUCUCCGAUCGUCGUCGAAGGUGAACAAUCCAUCAAUUUGACCAACUUCGAUCUCCAUUCUGCUCUCACAAAGGUAUUGGAACAAGUGGGGUUUGAGGUAACUGAUGGUGGAGAAUGGAAGUUCUGGAAGUAUGUGAAGGAAGCUAAGUUUGGACCAGGGCUGCCGGUUCAUACUGCUUUCAUUCUGGGAAAAUUGCUGGCAGGGGAUCGAAAUUUACAAGAGUGGUGCAAGUGGAUGUCAGUCCAAAGCUGUCUAAGCUGGCUUCUGGAAGUAAAAUCAAGCAGUGAUCGUGUGGGGCCUCUGAUUGUAGUUGGUCUUGGAAAUGACUCAAUUCAACCUGCAGAUCAGAAAGUCCCAUCCAUCUUACGGCAUCAGAUGAUGUUCAAGAAACAGAUUCUGAAUCAAGAUGUAUACCAUAUUCAAAUACUGGAGUAUCCUCCUGGUGUUAAACUUGUACCAAUUGGAAGUAAGACAGCAAAGCCUUUCCGUACAACAAACUUGAUCAUAUUUGCACCUGAAAAUGUUUCAAAUGAAAGUGAGAACAAUAGUUUUGUUGCUUGGGGAUGCAUUGAUAGUGGAUCCAGGAUGGAGGUCUGAAUUCCAUGAAGAAGUAUAAUUUCUUUUGCUAUGCCGAGAUGCUGCUGCCUUUUUGACAGAUGAUUUUUAGUAUUUUAUUCUGCUUGACAUUCUCAUUCUCAAAUACCAUCUGUGGAUUUAGUGAACUCAAUAAUGUUUGAAAUAGGAUAUUUUAUUGUUGUCCCAUACUGUGGGCUUCUUACAUACUCGUGGAUUUCCUACUUGAAUACAUUUUAAGGGAAAAACUUGUGUCACUUUCAAAUU